CCUGGGGGGUGGAAAGUGCUUGAAAAGUCCUUGAAUUUGAUGUUUAAGUAUGUGAACUUGAAGUCUUGUGUUGUCCUUGUCCGAGUCGCCUCCUCCCUCCACAGCUCCUCCUUUAGCGUGCUGCUAAAAGCUGAAAGAGUUAAGAAGAUUUGGCAGCUCCACAACAACCAGCCAGCCGGUGAGGGAGGAACCAGCUUCCGGUGGCCAGAGGCAGGCGGCUCAUUUGCCCAGGAUUAAGUGGGAUCGGGAGAGAUUACAGCUCUCUCUCUCUGGUUCCCUGCAGGUCGAUUAAAGCGUCGUGCUUCCUCCAGUCUCCUGGGAAUAUAUUUUCACAUCUUAUAUCCAUUGUUCGGUGCUCAAACCUGCAGGAUCUGCAGCAUAAAAAGUUGUGGCAUCCCUGAAGGAUUCAAGGAUCUUGGAGGCAGCAGAGUAUUUACAUAAGAUGGAAGAGGAGUCAGAAACUUGGCAAGUGUAGAGCCAAAACAAUCAACAGGAAAUGAGUUUUCCAGGCCUUGUAAACAGUCAGCAGGUGACCGGGGUCGAGCCUCCAGUGACCAUGAGGCAGGCGGUGGAGGCUCAGGUGUUAAACCCUCACUGCGAACUCGGAGAACACGGCCUGCGUCAGAUCCUGACAGAUGUCAUCAGGGAGGUGAGACAGUCUGUGAAUCAGGACAUUGACGGUGCUGAGAUACUCCACGAUCUGCUGACCGCCUCCUGGCUGCAGUCGCUGCUCAAGGUCUACGAGUGUCUUCAGAGGUACCUGAGAGGUUCCCCAGCACCAGCUCUGAACUACGCGUCAGGACUUUCACUCCAGUUGCUGAUCGACAUCAGAGCGUUGCCAGGUUGCUCGGAAGAUGCCAAAGAGCUCUACCGCCUCCUGAGACAGCCACACAUGCAGGCUCUUCUGUCAGCCCAUGAUUCGGUUGCCCAGAAGGACUACGAGCCGGUGCUGCCGCCCAUGCCGGAUGACUUGCCGGACGAUGAGGAGGCCACCAGGAUCGUCUGCCUGGUUAAGAACAAACAGCCUCUGGGAGCGACUAUAAAGAGAAACGAUAUCACAGGGGAGAUUUUUAUUGCUCGGGUGAUACAUGGAGGUCUGGCUGAUCGAAGCGGUCUACUCCACGCAGGAGACAGGAUCAUAGAGGUGAAUGGUUUUCCUGUGGAUGGAAUGGAACCUGAGCAAGUUAUCCAAGUUGUGCAAGCGAGGUCACAAGGCACCAUCAUGUUUAAGGUUAUUCCCAUCACAGAAAGGCCGGUCCACCACCAGACGAUGCUCUACGUGCGGGCCAUGGCCGACUACAGCCCUCAGCAGGAUCCGACCAUCCCCUGCGCCGACGCCGGCAUGAGCUUCAGAAAAGGUGACAUCCUGGAGAUCGUGGACCAGACGGACGCCCUUUGGUGGCAGGCCAGGAAACUGCCCAGCGACACAUCCUGUGCUGGCCUCAUUCCUUCCACCAACCUGCUGAAACGGAAACAGAGGGAGUUCUGGUGGUCUCAGCCUUAUCAGCCUCACACCGGCAUACAGACCUUGAGCACUGUAGAGGAAGAGGAAGACAUGAUGGCCAUCGAGGAGAGAUGUGUGGAAGCAGACGAGGAGGCAUUUGAAUCUGAUGAGCUCAGAGAAGAGGAGGAUGACUUCAGCAGCAGCGUUGAAGGGAUCUACUUGGUGGGCUUCAGGCGGAGCAUGCGUCUUUGUCGUCGGCGGUCUCACAGCACAACCCAGCCGUCCUGCCACACCCGCUGCCCCAGCAGCUGCGCCAGCGCCCUCAACAGCCCCUACGAGGAGGUGGUGCGCUACCAGCGCCACCCGCAGGACGCACAGCGCCUCAUUGCCCUCCUAGGUCCAUCUGGUGUGGGUGUGAAUGAACUUCGGAGGCGCUUGAUUGAAAUGAACCCGAACAUCUUCCAGGGACCCAUACCUUACACCACAAGAGCUCCCAAAGGAUACGAGGAGUCUGGCAGGGAAUAUUACUUCACCAGCCGAGAAAUCUUUGACAACAUGGUGUAUAACAACAGGUUUCUAGAGUACGGGGAGUACAAAGGGAAUCUGUAUGGCACCAGCAUCGAGGCCGUGAGAGACGUUUUAAACAGCGGAAAGAUCUGCGUCAUUGAUAUCGAGCCAAACGCCAUUCAGGCUGUGAGGACCCAUGAACUGCGGGCCUACGUCGUCUACGUGAAGCCUCCACUGCUGGAGCAGCUCAGGGAGACCAGACAGGACUCGUACCUCAUCACCAACUACUACGUCAACCGACCAUUCAAAGAGGAAGACUUCCAGGAGAUGGAAGAAGCUGCCCGAAAGAUUGAGUCCCACUUCUGGCAGUUCUUUGACCAUGUGAUCGUCAACGACAAUCUGGAGGACUCCUGUGUACAGCUGCUGACGGCAAUGAGGAAGGCGCAGGAUGAGCCACAGUGGGUACCGGCCAGUUGGAUACGACCCACCAUUGAGUCAUGAGGGAAGAUGGAGGACCUCUAUCAACGUGGCAGCAAUCUCAUUUUACAGCUUUCUUACUGUAAAAACCAAAAAAAAUAUAUAUCAUUUUAGGCGAGUAGAGCAUGAAAGAUUUCUUUCAUCUUAAUAUUUGUGUGCUUGAUCUGCUCUGCAAGUCACAAAUCCCAAAAAGAUAAGAUGGAGCUGGACUCAAGCUCAAAGAAAUCCCUUGAAACUGUUUCAAAAAUUUAACGUCAGAAGUUUAAAUUUGGAUCCAGCUGGAGGUUUUUCUUUGUACUAAGACAGUUAAGUGCUCCUCAACUUAAGUGCUUCUUCUUCAAACUUCAGAACAAAAUUUUCAUAUUCACUGAAGUAAGCAGAGCAUCAAAUCCAUAUCUGCAUAUCUGUGUUAGUUAUUACAGACCGCUUAUAGAUGCAUGAAACUUUAAUUUAGAGAAAUCUUCACAACAGAGGACCGCUCCCCACACUUCUCACAAACCUGCAAUAAAGAAUCUCUCUCCAACUGAUGUUUACAUACUAGAAAAUAAAGUGGUUUCUUGUUUAAUG